CUCAGGAAGAAAUAGUAACUAGCCAGUAGCGGCACUUCAAAGAUUAAACGUCAUAGGGAAUCUCAAAGAAAAUAUGGGGGUAACUUGUGUGUGUCAGGUGCCAGUGGCAGAGGGGAAGAGUGUGCAGCAGACAGUGGACAUCCUGCACAGAAAGCUGGAACAGCUAGGUGCCGUGAAGCAGGGCAACUUCUGUGUGGACUGUGAGACGUACCAUGCUGCUGGCAGCAACACCAGUGGCCAGCCUCCCAAAUUCUUAUAUGUGAUGCACAACACGGAGACUCCGCUCAGCUGCUUAGCCCUGUUUGAGGGAGGCCCGUACCUCACAGCUGAUGGCAACUUUGAUGUGCUUAUGGUGAAGCUCAAGAGUCACUUCCAGAAUGCUAAAGGCCACAAGGUGGAGAGCCGUGGUUCCCGCUACCAGUACUGUGACUUCCUGAUAAAGGUGGGCACAGUGACCAUGAGCUCCAGUGCACGGGGUAUCUCUGUGGAGGUGGAGUACUGCCCCUGUGUUGUGCCUGGUGACUGCUGGAACCUGAUGAAAGAGUUCAUGCAGAGUUUCCUGGGUCCCAGCAUCCCCGAGCUGCCCUCUGUCUACACCACAAAGCCUGAAGGCCUCUAUGUACCUGUGGACUCCACCGACACCAUGACUCAGUACCUGGAACUGUUUGGCAAAGUCCGGAAGCAGCAGGUGGUUCCAGGGAGCAGUGUACGCUGAGAUACUAGUGGAAUCUGGACCUGCUUACACCACAUCAACCAAUCACGUGCCUGGAACCCAUGUAGGCUAUAACACGGGGUACCUCAGCAUGUUUUCUCCCUGAAUUCUGAAUACUUCAAGGACAAUUGACUCUUGAGUGACUAGACUUUGCAGUUUCCAAAUGGACAUUUGGAAAUUCAAUGUGACAUUUAAAAAAUUAUCUUUAGAGUCCAAGCUGUUUUUUGUGCCCCAGAGUUUAUUUUGCUAAAUAAGUUUUUUUUUUUUAAAUAUAUCAAGGAGAACUUUGGUAAAAGUUUGUUCUAAAUGGUCAUUAGUAUACAGUUUUAUGGUUAUCAAGAAAUACAAAAUUGAAAUAUGAAUUUGUCCACCAAAUUUCUAAUAAAGGUAUUUUUGAAGUAUUGAUAGUUUUACUUCUGUAAAGUGAUCCUUUGGGAAGAAAUGACAUUUUGUCACUGGUUUCCUUCUUGUAAAUUACCUGUGAUGGUCAAAAAGCACCACAUAAUUAUAAACAAUAUAAUGGCAGGAGAGGAAUGGCUAAAUUAAUUACAUUAGCUAAAUGAAUACUCAUUUUGGAGGAUAAAGCGAGUAAUCAUGUUGUGCAGAAUGGCAAGGCACAUUUAUUGAGUUACAGUGGGCCUGAAUGUAUAUUUGAAAAUGUGAAUGGCUGUGAUGCACAUUCCAUAAAAAAAAUGUGUGAAAUUUGAAGUAGAUUUGAGUAUAAAAUAACCCUUUUGUCAGAUGCAUGAAUGGUUUUUCUUUUACCCAUCCAUCCAUCCAUCCAUCGUCACCAGCUCUUUAGGCAAAGCCGGGUAUUCCAGGCGUCCCUCUCCCCAG